CAACUGGAAGGAAGUAUUUCAUCUAGGCUUCUCAAAUACAGGGCAUUAAAAUGACUAGGUAUUCUUUGUCUCUGUUUUUCUUAGUAGCUGGGGCUCACCUAAUUCCAGAGUAUUUCAGUAUGGAAAUUAUUGGAGGACAGGAAGUACCACCUCAUUCCAGGCCCUUUAUGGCCUCCAUCCAGUACAAUGGCCACCAUACUUGUGGAGGAGUUCUGAUCCAGCCACAAUGGGUGCUGACAGCAGCCCACUGCCACCCUCGGUCGGUCAAAGGCCAAUUUCCCACAGUGGUUUUAGGAGCACAUUCUCUGUCAAAGAAUGAGCCCUCCAAACAAACAUUCGAGAUUAAAAAAUUCAUACCAUUUUCAAGUCUUAGAUCAAAUUCUAAAUCAAAUGACAUCAUGCUAGUAAAGCUUCACGGGGCCGCAAACCUCAACAAGCAUGUCCAGUUGCUCCACCCAAGAUCCAAAAGCUAUAUUAGAUCUGGCACCAAAUGCCAAGUUACUGGUUGGGGAGCCACUGACUCAAAAGUUUUCAGCAUGUCUGAUACCCUUCAGGAAGUCACUGUUACCAUCAUAGAUCGAAAAGUUUGUAACAGCCAAAGUUAUUACAACCACAAUCCUAUUAUAACCAAAGACAUGAUAUGCGCAGGAGGCACCAGAGGCGAUAAGGAUUCCUGCCAGGGUGACUCAGGUGGCCCCUUGGUCUGCAAAGGUAUCUUCCAUGCCAUUGUCUCUGGAGGUCACAAAUGUGGCAUUGCCAAUAAGCCUGGAAUCUACACCCUAUUAAAUAAGAAAUAUCAGGUUUGGAUCAAAAACAACCUGGAACCACCUCGAACAUAUUGAGAUUGUAAAUAAUUUUCUUGGAUCUUCCAGUUACUUGCUCUGUUUUGUCAUGUGCUCACAGAUCAACAUUAUCUUCAGAUGUAUGUAGAUACAGGUACAAAAGAGCUAAGUUGGGGUACAUUUCUGGAAGACUUAUUUUGUUAAGGAAUGAAGCUCUUUUUCAUGCACAUCACUAAUGUAUUUUUACCAUGCUGAUUUCAUCCUAAAUAAAAUUUAGAAGAUUCUUCAUUUG